AUGUCCACCCCUCCAAGCUUCAAACUCGACCCCACAAUCUUCAACGCCGACUUCUACAAACGCAUGGCCGACUUCUGGUUCUCCGGCGUCGACACCACCGGCCGCUCCUUCGAAACCAACACGAUGCACCGCUGGUUCGGCGCAGGCAGCCCAGACGAAAAGCGCAGUUUCGACGACGCAUGCAGAGUCAUAGCCUCCCCGGCCCUCUCCAGCAUCAGCCCCACUCACUUCCCCAACCCAACCGCCCAACCCUUCCUCGACGAGUUGGCGCGCGUACACAACGAGGGAACAGGCAUGUGCACGACGCACGAUGAAGACGUAGCCUGGACCGCCCUAGCCCUCGUCCUGCUGCUCGACCAAAUGCCCAGGAACUUGUUUCGCGCGGGCGAGGGCCUGAGAAGUGUGUAUAUGCAUUACGACAAGAUGUCUUAUGCUCUUGCUUCAACCCUGAUUACAACUCCCUCUCUACCUUUUCCCCGGCCAGACAAACACCCGCUCUUCUCGCGCUCUGCUGCUCAUAGGUCGUGGUUCUUCAUGCCGCUAAUGCACAGUGAGGAUCCCGCCGCCCACGACCUCCUCGCCGCAGAAGUCGCGUCGUUCCGGGCAGAAUGGGAAGGCAUGCAGGAUGUGGACGGCUCAAGGACGCUUAUGGAGCGCUUCCACGAGGCGGCAAUGACGCAUAGAGACAUUGUGGAGAAAUUUGGACGAUAUCCGCAUCGUAAUGUGGCCAUGGGGAGAACGAGCACGCCCGAGGAGCUAGAGUUUCUGGACAACGGGGGACCGACGUUUGGGGUGGUUGUGGAGAAGGAGGCGGGUGGGGAAGGGGCUUCAUCAUAG